AUGCCUCACGACAACGCGCGUGAGCCUUUGCUCCGCUCCCAUCACCAUGGUUCUUCCGACCACGAGGAUGGCGGUUUUGCCUACACCGUCGAGGAUCUCGCUCCCUUGACGGAUCCCACCAACCCCACGACCCCUCAACAGAUGGGCGGUAUUGACAAGAUCCUCCAGGGCCUCAAGGUCGACCCCAAGGUCGGACUCAGCUCGGAUGAGGCUAGAUCGCACUCUAUCGGCAAGGACUCGGACGGAAAGUUUUCUGCACGCUCCAAGGCUUUUGGACGCAAUAUUCUGCCCACCGCCAAGUGUGCGAGUUUCUUUGACCUUGUCAAGCGCGCUUACAAUGACCGCACCCUCAUUCUGUUGUCCGUCGCCGCCUUUGUGUCGUUGGGUGUCAGUGUCUACGAGGAUUAUGGUCCUCACCACGACCCCGAUGAGCCCCGUGUCGGCUGGAUCGAGGGUACCGCCAUCUUGGCCGCCGUCGCCGCCGUUGUCUUCACCAAUGCCAUUAACGAUUACCAGAAGGAGCGCCAGUUCCGCAAGCUGAACGCCAAGAAGGACGACCGCUCUGUCAAGCUCCUCCGUGACGGUCGCGAGCAAGAGAUCAAUGUCAAGGAUAUUCAGGUCGGAGACAUUAUGCUCAUGGAGCCCGGUGAUCUUCUUGCUGUCGACGGUGUCAUCCUCGUCAGCCAUGGUAUUACUUGUGACGAGUCUUCGGCCACCGGUGAAUCGGAUGCGUUGAAGAAAAACCCCGAGGACGACUGCUAUGUCAUCUCGGGCUCCAAGGUCCUCGACGGUUCCGGCAAGAUGCUCGUUACUGCUGUUGGACCCAACUCGUUCUUUGGAAAGACCAUGAUGGCCAUGCGUGAGGCUACCCCCGAUGAGACCCCUCUUCAGGUCAAGCUCGACCUUCUUGCCGAGUCGAUUGCCAAGCUUGGUAUGGCUGCUGCUAUUGCCAUGUUGAUCACCUUGGUCGUCAAGUACUUUGUCCAGAGCGCCUUGUCGAACGAGGACCUCCCUCCAGGCAACGUCAUCUUCUCGGAUAUGGUCAAGAUUGUCAUUCAGGCCAUUACCAUUGUUGUCGUCGCCGUCCCUGAGGGUCUCCCUAUGGCUGUGACUCUUGCCCUUGCCUAUGCUACCACCCAGAUGUUGCGCGAUAACAACUUGGUCCGUGUCCUCUCUGCCUGCGAGACCAUGGGUAACGCUACGACUGUCUGCUCUGACAAGACCGGAACAUUGACCCAGAACAAGAUGACCAUCGUCGAGGGAACUCUUUCGUUGCAAUCCUUCACCCGCAUGGAAGAUGCCAAGAAGUGGAAGACCGAGGUCAAGCCCGAGAUUGCCCAGGCCAUCUUCGAGGGCAUUGCUCUCAAUUCGUCAGCAUUCGAGGACAAGGACGAGAAGGGCAACUUGACUUUUAUCGGCUCCAAGACCGAGUCGGCUCUUUUGGGUUUCAUCAAGUUCCUCGGUGCUUCGUACAGCAACAUCCGUGGCGAUAGCAACGUUGUCAAGGUGUACCCUUUCUCCUCCGCCAAGAAGACCAUGUCCUGCGUUGUCGCUACCCCCAACGGCGAAGAGAAGUACCGUCUCCAUGUCAAGGGUGCCUCUGAAAUCGUCCUCCGUGCCUGUUCCCACUAUGUUGAUGCCGAAGGCCAGGUCAAGACCCUCGAUGGCCCUGCCCGCGCCAAGUUUGAACAGAUCAUCAGCUCCUAUGCCGACAAGGCCCUCCGUACCAUCUGCCUCUCCUACCGUGAUGUCUCCGAGAGCGAGUUCAAGAAGUUCAAGGACGACGAGGCCCCCAGCGUCAAGCUCACCUGUUUCGGAGUCGUCGGUAUCCAGGAUCCCCUCCGCCCCGGAGUUGUCGAGUCUGUUGCAUCCUUUGCUGAGGCCGGUGUUACCGUCCGCAUGAUCACCGGUGACAACCUCCAGACUGCCAAGGCCAUUGCCAAGAACGCAGGUAUUCUCAUGAAGGGCGGUCUUGCCAUGACCGGCCCUGAGUUCAGAGCCCUUUCCAAGGAGGAUCAGACCGAGGCUGUCAAGCGUCUCCAGGUUCUCGCCCGUUCCAGCCCCACUGACAAGACCAUUGUUGUUCGCCGCCUUCAGGAGCUCGGAGAGGUCAUUGCUGUCACUGGCGAUGGUACCAACGACGGUCCUGCUCUCAAGAUGGCCGAUGUUGGAUUCUCGAUGGGUAUCACCGGUACUGAGGUCGCUAAGGAGGCUUCGGCCAUUGUUCUCAUGGACGAUAACUUCUCUUCGAUCCUCAAGGCCCUUAUGUGGGGCCGUGCCGUCAACGACUCUGUCCGCAAGUUCUUGCAGUUCCAGCUCACCGUCAACAUCACCGCCGUCACCUUGUCCUUCAUCUCUGCCGUCGCCUCUAAAGACAACCAGUCUGUCCUCUCUGCUGUCCAGCUUCUCUGGGUCAACUUGAUCAUGGAUACCCUCGCCGCCCUCGCCCUCGCUACCGAGCCCCCAAGCCCCGAUGUCCUCAAGCGUCAGCCCACCGACAAGAGCGCACCCCUGAUCAACUUCAACAUGUGGAAGAUGAUCAUCGGCCAGGCCAUCUUCCAGAUCGUCCUCAACCUGUCCCUCCUCCACUAUGGUGCCCAGCUCUUCCACCUCCAGUCGAUCGACGAGGAUGGCAACGUCUACGUCUCCCCCCACAACCUCAAGGUCCUCCGCACCAUGAUCUUCAACACCUUCGUCUUCCUCCAGGUCUUCAACGAGCUCAACUGCCGCCGCAUCGACGACUCCUUCAACAUCUUCAAGAACCUCCACAACAACAAGAUCUUCCUCCUCGUCCAGGUCAUCGUUAUUGCUGGCCAGUACGUCAUUGUCACCUUCGGUGGCCAGGCUUUCAAGACCGUUCCCUUGUCCGGUCACCAGUGGUUGAUUACCCUCUUGAUCGGUUCGCUCUCCCUCCCCGUUGGUCUUUUCUUGCGUCUCUUGCCCUCUUACUUGAUCCCUGAAUCGGUCCUCUCCCACAAGAGCGAGGAGCACCAGCCCCUGAUGAGCGCCCCCAAGAUGCGUUUCCAGGGCAUCACCCGCUCCAUCCAGAACCAGAACAGGUUCUUUGACAACGUUCGCAAGGGCAACAACCGUAAGGGCCACGGUAACUCGGCCGAAGACUUGUGGCAGAAGUAUGGUUCCACCGACAAAUCCAACGAUGUUUAA